AUGGAAUGUGUUAUACAAGUGUUUCCGGAUGAGUAUCAUCUAGCAACACUGCACGAAUUCCUUCACGCUUGCUCGGAACUUCAUCAAGGUGUUCAAAUUAAAAAUGUUCUCAUAGCGCUAAUAGAUCGUUUAGCGAUCUAUGCGACGUGUGAAGGUGGAGGCAUCCCUUCGGACUUGCCCUUGUUUGAUAUCUUCUCGAAACAAGUGGAGUCGGUGGUAGCCAGCCGAGAGGAAAUGCCUCCAGCAGAUAUCGUUGAUCUACAGGUGAGCGGAUAUCUUAAUUUGGUUCCAUUUGUUCCAGUUGUAAUGCGAUUUAGAGGCUUCGUAUAA